UUCUGUCAUCACCCCACCAUAGCGCGGAGUGGUCCGGCUGCGUGAGGCGGCAGGGCAGGCGAAAGUGGCCUCGGCGCCUCCAAGGUUCGGAUUUCUGCACCUGAAGUAGUGACGAAAACGUCCCGGACUCCAUGCGUUAAGGAUGAUUAUGAUGGCGAACACGGGGGAUGCGCUGAACUUCCCCAUCAGCACACACACGCAGGACAAGGUCACCCGCGCCAAGGUCACGCUCGAGAACUUCUACCACAACCUGGGAAUUCAGCAUGAGGAACGGGAGAGCAGACAACAGAAACUGGAGAAAACCAUGGUAGAGGAAGGACUGACCAGUGAGGAGAAAGAGGAAAGAAGAAACCAGCACGCUGCCAAAGAAACAGAAUUCUUGAGACUGAAAAGGUCCAGACUUGGAGUGGACGACUUCGAGUCCCUCAAAGUCAUCGGCAGAGGAGCUUUUGGGGAGGUCAGACUAGUCCAGAAGAAAGACACGGGACACAUCUUCGCCAUGAAGGUGCUGCGGAAGGCGGACAUGUUGGAGAAGGAACAGGUGGCCCACGUGCGUGCUGAGAGAGACAUCCUGGUGGAGGCAGACAACCCGUGGGUGGUGCGCAUGUUCUACUCCUUCCAGGACCCCAUCAACCUCUACCUCAUCAUGGAGUUCCUACCUGGAGGCGACAUGAUGACGUUACUGAUGAAGAAAGACACGCUGUCAGAAGAGGCGACGCAGUUCUACAUCACAGAAACGGCGCUGGCCAUCGACUCUAUCCACCAGCUGGGCUUCAUCCACAGAGACAUCAAACCUGACAAUCUGCUGCUAGACUCAAGGGGACACAUCAAACUGUCAGACUUCGGACUGUGCACCGGACUGAAGAAAGCUCACAGGACAGAGUUCUACAGGGACCUCACACAGGCCAACCCAAGGGACUUCAGUAAGUCUUACAGUCUACCCACACCCCCAUGGAUGCCAAAGACUUCCAAGAGAAGAGCAGAGAGCUGGAAAAGAAACAGGAGACAACUUGCGUAUUCUACAGUAGGAAUCCCAGACUACAUCGCUCCCGAAGUCUUCAUGCAAACCGGCUACACAAAAACCUGCGACUGGUGGUCACUGGGCGUCAUCAUGUACGAGAUGUUAAUAGGUUACCCGCCGUUCUGUUCGGAGAACCCCCAGGAGACGUACAGGAAGGUGAUGAACUGGAAAGAGAUGCUGGUUUUCCCGCCGGAGGUGCCCAUCUCCUUCAACUCAAGGAACCUCAUCGAAAGGUUGUGUACAGACAUGGACGUGCGGCUGGGGAAGCAGGGAAUCGAGGAGCUGAGAGAAAACCAGUUUUCAACCGUCGACUGGGAACACAUCAGAGAGCGGCCGGCGCCGUUUCCCGUCACGGUGAAGAGCUUCGACGACACGUCCAACUUCGACGAGUUUCCCGAGAUCGAGCUGCAGCCACCCACACCAACCUCCAAAGAAGGCGAAGAGAACAAGUACAAAGACUGGGUUUUCCUGAACUACACCUUCAAAAGAUUCGACGCUUUGACGCAGCGCGGCGUGCCCCGCCAGCCAACACGCAACGCUCUGCCCAAGGAGAAGUGCUAAUGUCCGACGUGCGAAUGUCGUUAGCGGCUGUGUCGUGUAAUCGUUUUCUUGUCGGUUGUUAUGUAUAGAGGCACUCACAAUGCAUUGCUUCAGGAGACUGACUCACCUGCAUACACGCACGCAUACAUACAAGCAUUCACACACACACACACACACUUGUAUGUACACACAAACACACACACACACGCAUGCACACACACACACGCAUGCACGCACACACACACAA